CUGUGGAAACAUGACUACAUAAAGGGAAGUCCAUUCUGAUAAUUGUGAUAGUGAGAUGUAGCUGUACUGAAGAGUGGAACAGGGAAAAAAUAGUGCCAACCUUAAUUACAAUGGCUACUGAUUCAGGGGAGCCAGCUAGCACAGAAGAUUCUGAGAAACCUGAUGGAGUUUCGUUGGAAAACCAAAUUCCUCAGGUUGCUGCAACUUUGACAGUAGAGCCUAAAGUAAAAGAGAAAACAAGUACCAUCUCUGCUUCAGGGGAAAAAAUAGAAAGGAAAAGAUUCUUCCGAAAGAGUGUUGAGAUGAUGGAAGAUGACAAAGUUGGAGAAUCUUCCUUCAAAGAUGAGAGAAUAAAGACUGCUACAAAUAUUACAAAAAUAGAAAAGGUUCCUACAAAUGUUCUAAGAGGUGGACAAGAAGUUAAAUAUGAACAAUGUUCAAAGGCAACUUCAGAACCCUCCAAAGAUUGUGUCAAAGAGAAAAAUGAAAAGGAAAUGGAAGAAGAAGCAGAAAUGAAAGCUGUAGCUACUUCUCCUAGUGGCAGGUUCCUGAAAUUUGACAUAGAGCUGGGAAGAGGAGCAUUUAAAACAGUUUACAAAGGACUAGACACUGAAACAUGGGUUGAAGUUGCUUGGUGUGAGCUGCAGGAUCGGAAAUUAACCAAAGCUGAACAGCAAAGAUUCAAAGAAGAAGCAGAGAUGUUAAAAGGUCUCCAGCAUCCCAAUAUUGUUCGAUUUUAUGAUUCUUGGGAGUCUAUAUUAAAAGGAAAGAAAUGUAUUGUAUUAGUGACUGAACUUAUGACAUCAGGAACCUUAAAGACGUACUUAAAACGAUUUAAAGUCAUGAAACCAAAGGUCUUAAGGAGCUGGUGCAGGCAAAUUUUAAAGGGGCUGCAGUUCUUGCACACUAGGACUCCUCCUAUUAUUCACCGGGAUCUGAAGUGUGACAAUAUUUUCAUCACAGGACCCACCGGAUCUGUGAAGAUUGGUGAUCUAGGACUAGCUACAUUAAUGCGAACAUCAUUUGCUAAGAGUGUCAUUGGAACUCCUGAGUUUAUGGCUCCAGAGAUGUAUGAAGAGCACUAUGAUGAGUCUGUAGAUGUCUAUGCUUUUGGAAUGUGUAUGCUGGAGAUGGCUACUUCGGAGUACCCUUAUUCUGAGUGCCAGAAUGCAGCUCAAAUAUACCGUAAAGUAACCAGUGGCAUAAAACCAGCCAGUUUCAAUAAAGUUACUGAUCCUGAAGUGAAAGAAAUAAUUGAAGGAUGUAUUCGUCAAAACAAAUCUGCAAGGUUGUCUAUCAGGGACCUACUAAACCACACAUUUUUUGCUGAGGAUACCGGACUGAGGGUGGAGUUAGCAGAGGAAGGUGAUUGCUCAAAUUCAUCCCUGGCUUUAAGACUGUGGGUUGAAGACCCUAAAAAAUUGAAAGGCAAGCAUAAAGAUAACGAAGCUAUUGAAUUCAGUUUCAAUUUAGAAACAGAUACACCGGAAGAAGUAGCAUGUGAAAUGGUCAAAUCUGGAUUCUUCCAUGAAAGUGAUUCUAAAGCUGUUGCUAAGUCCAUUAGAGAUCGUGUCACUCUGAUAAUAAAGACAAGGGAGAAGAAGCCAACUGGCUGUCCAGAAGAGCGCAGGAAUUCCCAGUGCAAGCCUAUUGGGAAUGUGCUCCCUCAGCACCAAAAUAUAACUUUGUCCUCUGCUCCUCCUCAGCAGACUGGGGCUGAAUGUGAAGAAACUGAAGUUGAUCAGUAUGUUCAACAACAAUUACAAAAAAAAACACAUCAUUGCUCUUCUGUUACAGGUGAUAAUUUGGCCGAGGUAGGAGCCGGGUCAGUUCUGCAAUCAGAUACAUCAAAUCAGCCUAAUACAGGCUAUUCAUUAGACCAGAUCAUGGACUCUCAGAUGGUUUCUAACAUCCCACAGACCGAAGUAAAUGUUUCAGGGCAAAUUUAUCCAUCCCAGCCACUAGUUGGACAUUACCAGCAGAUUUCAGGGUUGCAGAAGCAGCAGCCAAAUUUAACUCAGCCCCCAAUUUUGCCAUUGGUUCAAGGUCAGUCCACUGUUUUGCCUGUACAUGCUGUUGGAUCUCCAGUUGUACCACAAUCCCAGGUUUCUCCAAUAACUGUCCAGAAGUUCUCACAGCCUGUAUCCAAGCCUAUUGGAGGUGAACAGCAAUCAACUGUUCCAAAGCCAGAGUUAGGUAGAAGUUUGAAUCAUGAUAUAACAACUGUGAAGGAAAACACCAAUGUGACUGAUAACCCAAAUGGAAAUGGCAAACAAGAUCGGAUCAAACAGAGAAGAACAUCUUGUCCUCGACCAGAAAAGGGAACCAAAUUCCAACUUACUGUCCUUCAGGUAUCAACUUCUGGAGACAACAUGGUGGAGUGUCAGCUGGAGACACACAACAAUAAGAUGGUUACAUUUAAGUUUGAUGUUGAUGGUGAUGCACCAGAAGAUAUUGUAGAUUAUAUGGUUGAAGAUAACUUUGUCCUGGAAAGUGAGAAAGAAAAAUUUGUAGAAGAAUUGAAGACUAUUGUAGGUCAAGCCCAGGAAAUCCUUCAUAUCCAUUCUACUGCAGAAAGACCCAUUGGAAUUGACUCUAUUUCUGUUGAAUCCAGCAGUAACCAAACAGGAUCUUCUGAACAAGGUCAAAUAUAUUGUGCAUCUACGCAGACGAGCAAUGAAUCUGUUACUCAGUCAUCACCAGUUGGUCGGUGGCGAUUCUGUAUCAAUCAAACAAUAAGAAGCCGUGAGUCUCAGUCUCCUCCUCCUCAUCAGCAAUCUAUGACUCUGGUUCCUGGACUACAUCCACUUUCUAGUGCAAGAAAAACAAGUAAUAAAGAAAUAGCACAGGAUCCACUGCUCAAUCUAGAAAAUGCUCCAUGCCAACAAACAGUUUUCACCUCUAAAUCGGAACAAAAGGAUGUAGUUGAUGGUAAGAUUUCUGAUUAUGCUGGUAAAGAAACUAAGCAGCCAGCUCUACUUUAUCAAAUGGAAGAUGACAGGCAGAUAAUGUCAUCAGCUGCUUGUAGUUCCAGUUAUACUGCUACUUCAAUUCAUGUUGUUCCAGUUGAAUGUGAGGGACUCAGCAACCAAGCAGGCAUAUUCCUACCUAUGUAUCCAUGUCAUCAAACUGCCAGUCAGGCUGAUAUACCUAUGGCUUCUCCUGGAGAGUCAACACAAAUUGCUAGUAACUCUAUUACAACUGUGGCAUUUAUGUCUGAUCAAAAGCCUCAGUCCUUAUCAGUGAAGCAUACAACUAUGGAUGCAGAGUUUAUUUCCCAAGAAGGAGAAACCACAGUGGACAAUGAAGUAAGUUCUCCUAAGACAGUCACUUCCAUUAAGACCCCAUGCCUUGAAUCAACUACUCUUCUACCCAGUACUAUCCUAGAAUCAGAUGGAGAAAGACCUCCAAAAGUGGAGUUCACAGACAACAGAAUUAAAACUCUGGAUGAAAAAUUAAGAAACUUGCUCUAUCAAGAACAUAGUGUAUCUAGCAUCUUUCCUGAGAGUCACAAGGAUAUCCAAAGCAUAGACUCUCCAUUUUCUUCUUCUACUGAAGAGACCCUCUCCUUUCCGGUGCCAGACGUCUUAGCUGUCAGUCAUUGUGGAAUUCAAGAUAGUCCUGCACAGUCCCCUAAUUUUCAACAGACAGGCUCUCAGAUUCUGUCCGGUGUGGCUGUAAGUCAGCCUGCUAAUGUAUCAGUCUUCAAAAGAGACCUGAAUAUGAUAACUUCUGUACCCAGUGAAUUAUGUUUGCAUGAGAUGUCCACAGAUGCUUCACUUCCAGGAGAUCCAGAGGCUUAUCAUGCUGCUGUGUCAAGCCAUGGAGCCAUUCAUCUGCAGACAGGAGAAGAUAUAAGGUUGGCAGUUGCUCCUGAUCCCAUUCCUCUGACAGGACAGUCCACAACUGAUAAUAGGGCUUUAUCUGGAUGCAAAUCAAUGAGUGGAUCUUUUCAGCAGGGUCGGUUCCAGGUGAUUACAGUUCCUCAGCAACAGUCAAUGAAAGCGACAUCUAUUGGAAUAGAGCAUGUGCCAGAAUUCAAUGAAAUGGCAAGCCAUUCUAGUGAAGAAGUUCUAGGUUUUACUGAAACUGCAAAAUCUCAGUUGGUAGAAAUGGAACCAGCCGCACAUAGUCCACAGAUUUUAUUUUCUUCUCAGAUGAUACAAGCUCUGCAUAAAACCUUUAAUGAAGAUAAAAGAAUUCCCAAGAAAGGUGACUCCCUACCUUUCAGCACAGUGUGUGGUACCAGUGCAUCAUCAAUCACCCCAGAGAAGGAACCGGAAGAAAAAUCAGCCACAAGAAAUAUGCAAUCUGGAUCUGAGCUGUUCCUUAAAGAGAAAGAGAAACUUAAUAUUGGAAAACAGCAUGGCUCUGACAGUAAAUUUUCAGCCACUUUCUCUGUCAGAGGGAAGUCAGUGGCAAAGACUCAUCAAGAGAAUGAUCAGUGUUUACCACCUGGUAAAGAGCAAGGCUGUGCCCAAACACAAAGUUCACUCUUCUAUUCCCCAUCUUCUCCAAUGAGUAGUGAUGAUGAGUCAGAAAUAGAGGAUGAGGACUUGAAGGUAGAGCUUCACAGAUUACGAGAAAAACACAUUCAGGAAGUGGUAAAUCUUCAAACCCAGCAGAAUAAGGAGCUACAGGAGCUCUACGAACGCCUUCGGGCACUUAAAGAUAAUAAAACCUUAUCAUCAGAGAUUCCUCUGCCACCUGCAUCACCACGUAGACCAAGGUCUUUCAAAAGUAAACUUCGCAGUCGUCCUCAGUCUCUGACACAUGUGGACAAUAGCACAGCUGCUACAGAUCCUGUGCAUGUGGAGAGUAAUGCAGCAUCAUGUCAGCAGUCUCCAGCUAGUAAAAAAGGAAUGUUCACAGAUGACUUACACAAGCUGGUAGAUGACUGGACAAAGGAAACAGUAGGAAGUUCUCUUGUUAAGCCAAGUUUAAACCAACUUAAACAGAGUCAACACAAAGUGGAGACAGACAAUUGGAAUAAAGUACAUGAAAAUUCUCCGUCUACUAUGGGCUACACAUCACCAUGGAUUUCUUCUCUGACCCAAAUUCGUGGAGCUGUCCAAACUUCUUUGCCACAAGGACUCCCACAUCCUUCAUUUCCUGGGCCAUUAUCAUCGUAUGGAAUACCCCAUGUUUGUCAGUAUAAUGCUGUGGGGGCCCCAGGAUAUCCAGUACAGUGGGCAGGAAUUUCAGGAACACCACAACCAUCCGUAGUAAUUCCUACUCAAUCUGGGGGACCAUUUCAGCCAGGGAUGAAUUUGCAGGCAUUUCCAGCUUCACCAGUACAGAAUCCAUCCACAAUCCCUCCUGGUCCCAAAUGAAACAGAGUAGAUGAUGAAGGAAAGGGAGGAUUUUUUUUAGGACACCUACUAUAUUAAACUUUAUUAGUUUUACCAUAUUUUUCCUCAUUUGUAUUUACUUUCCACUUUUUUGUGUUCCAAUGUGGUAUUUGAUAUAGCUAAUUAUUCUGUGCAGUUUGUACAUAGAAUACUGCACACCGAAUGCUUUUUCACUUCAAAUCCUAUCCUCUUUGAUACUUGAUUUAAAAAAAAAAUACUGCUUUAAUAAGCUCAAGUUGAGCAUUACCAUUUCCAGAACACUUUCCAUGCAUUACUGAAAAGCCCCUAUUUUUUACUGCUGCUAUUUGCAGUUAAAUGAUAGUUUUCUUUAAAACGUAUAAAAAACUGUUUAAGUUGAUAAUCCCAAACAUGGACAAAGUAGGACCCCCUCAAAAAGCUAGAGCCUUAUGGGAGUCUUCACAUGUUUAUCUUAGGUUUACCUUUCACAGAAGGCAGGGUAACUUGCUUUAGGAAAUGCUUUGGUGUAUAAAAUUAGAUUUUCAACCAGUGUAGAACAUGAACCCUUUUUAAUGUGAUUUUCUUCCCGUCGUCACAGCAGUAGGAGUGAAGCCUUGUUUUAGGUGAGGCGGAGAGAAAGGAAAAAAAAAAUAAACAAACAGAACUGUAACAGUUCCUUGAUUCUGCAGAUAAUGUAGCUGCUAUAGAAUUUGAUAGUAAUUCAAGGCAGCUAUCUCUUUGUUUCUCAUGUGCACAUUGUCUUAUGAGCAUCUGAGAGGCGUUGGUUCAGUUUGCAUUCUUUUGCAAGGGAUAUAUUGCAACUGAUAUGAAUCUCAUGUGGGGGUGAAUCUUUGUAUUACUAACAAAGAGGAUUCAAGUUACACCUCUGUUGAUCCAUUCUUCUGGAGUGAAAUUUACUUGACACAGUAGGUUUUGUAGGUUUUGAGACUUACAUAUGAAACACUGGCUUUACAGGGUUCUAAGAGAUGUGGGCUAUAUACUGUACUGCAGUGAGAUAGUAGGACCUUCAAGUAUACUAUUAAAGUUGCCCUUAGCUUUCUUUAUUGUCAUUGUUUUACUUGUUAUAAUUUCUUGAUAGUACCAAUAGCAUUUUAGAUGUUUUUAGAACUUAGAAGAUUUUGGCAUCCACUUUAGAUUCCAAGAGUGACCACUGUCAAGUUGCACUUUACUGGGUUUUAUCCAGUUUUAUGAGGAAGGGAGGCAAUGUCUAAAUGCAUUUUGGGUUUCAAGAUAGUUAACUCUAAUAAUCUUAAAAGGCUGGUUACAGUCUUUGAAACUCAAAGAACAUUCUUAAGUGAUAUUUAUUGAUAACUACGUAUAUAUGCUUAAAUAAUUUCUACUCUGAAGAUUUCAAAGUCAUUUCUUGUACACAUUUACAUAGUAAUAAAUUCUAUCAACUGGUAAACAUUAUAAACUAUUUCCCAACAUUUGUUAAGAUUUUUCCCCACAGUCCUCUAAAAAUUGUGCUCCAUGAGAUUCUCAUAUGAGGAAAAUGUAAUGAGUAUAUCUUUUUUUUUUUUGCAGUCUAUAACAUACAAGUACCCUUUUUCCAAAAAUAAAAACAAAAAAAAAAAGUGUUAUCUUGCUUACCUGAGGAUCACACUCACCAUCACAAAGAUUAUGUCAUUAUCAUGUGGAGUAUCUACGACAGCAUUUUGAAACUGCUGUUUAAAGACUCACAGUUUCUUUUUACAAAACACACUCUGAUUUGGAUGAGGUUUUUUUUUUUUAGAUAUUAUAUACAGAUUCUUUAGAUUUAUUUUACAGUAUUGGUUUGAAAUUGAAUUUAGGACUUUAGUGUAAUGCAAAUGCUUGCACUGCAGUGUUUUUAAAAUUCAUCUCUCUGAAACUGCUUGCUUUUCAAUAUUAGUUGCUUUGAGUUACAUUGAGUCUUAUAAAGUUAAAAUACUACAGGUUUUAAGAUCCCUUCUUUUCUCACAGUCUUUUUAAAUAGUGUGCCCCAGGAUGAAAAUAAGCUCCAUAGAUGACACAUACAAUUACUUUUAAUAACAGCUGCUUUACUUAUGACCCACAUUUGCCACCACUUUUUUUUAUGUAUAAUACACCAUUUGUUUGCCUGCAGACUUUUGCAGUGCCUUGUAAUAUUUAAAAUCUUUUCAGAUUUUUUGCUGGAAAGAGAAGUAGUCUUCUAAAGUUUGAAGAUUGUGAGUGGUAUACUGCUGUCUUCAUGCUGACUGCAGUAGUUGGGUUAACAUAUAUGUUACAUAUACAUUAUGUAUAUAUAAUAUGUAUAAGUUUAAAAAUACAGAAGAAUGUGAGUUUGUGCAGAAAUGAAGAAAAUAGUAUUAUUUACAUUACUGUGGUUUUAAUUUAUUUUCCCAUUACAUGUUUAAUUCAGAUUAUAGUCACUUUGUAAAUAUUGGCUCGUUUUCUAUCUCGGGGUUUUGCAUUAUUUUAUAAUUUUGCUAGAUCUUAUAAAAAGCGCUGUUUUCAUCCUUACUGAGGUACUUUCCCAUCCCAUAUAAUUAAUUCUUGAGGUAAUGUUCAGAAAUUCCCUUUUUAUUUAACAAAGAACUUACUAUAUAACAAAGGACCUUCUACCCAUUUCUUAACAUAACACAAAACUGUCAUUUUCAUUGUCCUUGUUGUAGAAGAGAAAAACAUUGUAAUAAAUAAUUGAUUGUAGAGUUCAUUCGGAAAUAGUUUGUAUGUUCAACCACAAUAUUUACUUCUCAAAGUGCAAGUCUGAUGAAUAGUACAUUUUCUCCAUAUGUGGCAAUGUGAUCAUUUCAUCAUGAAGUACCUGCUGCUAUGUUUGUGGAUUUGGGUGUAACAUCAUAAGAAUAUGAAACCAGUAUUGGUGUAAAUCUAAUGAAAAUAACCCUAUGUAUAUUUGUAGCAAUCUUGAAUCUCUAAGGUAAUUUGCUAUAAUAUAACAAAUAUUCAUUUUUCAUCAUUUUCUUGCCAGUUUUAUAUCUAGCAUGAUUCUAAUGGUUCGACAGCAAAAUUAUAUGUGAAAGUUUAAAAGGCACUUUUCUGCUGUGAUUUUUGACUGAGUGUGAAGUGUUAUGUACAUUAUGAUGAGACUUGUCUUUUUUAGAGCCCCAGGUUUAAUUCUAGCCCAAUUACUUUUAUUUAUCUACCUCGUUUUCAGUGCUGUUUUGGGGUGCACAAGUGAAUACUGACUGUGACACUUUUUUUUUGCCUUGAUUCUCCAUAUUCUUUCAGGUUAUAAAUCUAGCCGGCCUCCUUGCCCCAGUGCUAAUCAUGUGUUUGAGAUGAGAGGCAUCAUCACUCUUCUACCAAUAUGUGUUUAGGUGAUGAGAGCCAUGUGCCUCUAUGAAAUAGUUUGGGGGGUUUUGGGGGUGGAGAACAGAAAAAAAUGAAUCCAUCUGGUGGCAAUAUAAGGAUAUAAUUGUAGGAGUUAGUUGUAAAACAGUCUGUAAGAAAGUAUUUAAUUUAGACAGUCUAGUGCCUGUUGUUUUGCAUCUUGUAUUAGAGAUGCAUUUCUCCUCUAUGUGCCUAAAGGGCUAUGGGUUGAAAUUGCUUUAACUACCACAGUGAACUCUUUGACAAAUCCUACAGCAAUGACCUGUGAUUCAGCAUAUAAGCAUACUGCUAGGUAUUUGCAAUGAUAUUUUGUUACUUAAGAUAGUUAUAUGCUUUUGGUUGAAAUGUAGUUGAUGGUAACUAUCCAAUCUCUUAAGUUUAUGGAGGCAUUAACUUUACUUACUGUCUUUUCUAAAUGAUGGAAAUAAUGUAUUCCUUUCUUUCCACAGAACUCAGCAAAUGUUUGUAAACCACAUGUUCCUUGUUUCACACGUUUACUAUGUACCACUACAGAAUAGUUAAUGUCAGUAAAUAUUUUAUUUCAGGCAACAUAAACCAGUACAUUCCUGAGGUUUACUUGUUAUCACUUUGGGAUUCAGCUCUUCUGUUUGGUUCAGUAAUAUGUGAGAUAUUUGAGGUAAUGUGCAGGACAUUUUCUAGAAUAAAUGGAUUUUCUUUUCAUUCUGUAGUAUCAAUACAUUGAAGACACCUUCACCUCCCCCUUGUUUAGAAGAUGAACCAGAAAGGGAGGAAUGGACCAUAGGUCCAUUGGUCAUUGGUUUGGUAGAUGUAAUUUCUGGAAUUAGAAUUUUAAGAAAAGUUAAACUAUAAAUGGUAACACUCAAUCUUGGUCAAAUAUUUUGAAGGGAAAUUAGUAUGAAAGUUUUUAAAGACAAAUGCUUUUAGGUUACCCUGGAAAUAGUUUGUUGUGUGUAAGAAUAAAUAUAAAUUUUGACAACUAACAUAGGUAGGGGCCUGAGAGAGUAAUUAGGUUACACUGAAGUUAUUUUCAACUGAGAUUGAUGUAAGAGUGUGGUACCAAUAGCUUCCAUUCUGGGAGAUUUUCUUUUAAUUCUAAAAAAAAAAAAAAGAAAAUAAUAAUAGCAUAUAAAAAAGAAAAAAAAGUCUAGAAGUCAAGCAAGAGGGAAGAGAGAAACUGGGGUCUGAGAGAAAUGGGACAGUGUAAAACUCUUAACUGUGCACUUGUGGUCUUUCUUUUUUAAAAUUAUAUUUUGUUUCUACUAUAUCUUAAGAUUUCAGAUUGAGUUUCGUGGUCCAGAACAAACCCUCAGCAGGAAAGUGAUCAGAAAGUGCAGUUGUUCAAGGUCUGUCAUGCUCAAUCACUUAAAGCUGUAAUUUGUUUGAUAUGAAUAUUAAGCAUGUGGACCUAGUGCAGCAUGGGAGCCACUCAGGAAGUUUAUGAAAUUAAUAAACUUUCAUGCAUAAUUUACUAUAAAGUAUGCAGAAUUUCAGCCACUUCUUUACAAUGAAGUUGUGUACGUGAACUCUUCUUUCUUAAUUGGGGAAUAUACCAUUAUAUAAGAUGUUAAAUUUAAUUUUAGCCCUCUUGACAUUAACUUUAUUUUGUAAGCUUUUAAGCAGUUGUCUGAUUUUAGUUCUUUGAAGCUGUGAUUUUUAUUUCAUUUGUACCCAACCACUGUAAGUGUUUUAUUUCCUGGAAAUCUCGUUUUGAAACAGAAAAUAAAAACUGUGUAAAAGUGAAUAUGUUUCCUUAUUAAAAUACUGUCAUAGUCA